UGCCUAUGCAGUGUCAUUUAUUUGUGUUAGUGUCUUUUAUAUUGGUUAAUAGUGUCAUUUAAAUGUCUAUGCAGUGUCAUUUAUUUGUUAUAGUAAAUUAUGGAAUGUUUAAUCGCAGACCCUUGAAAACAGAGGAAACUUAUAUUGUUAAGUGUAGAGGAGCUGAUAUUUGUGAAUUAAUACAUGUGUUAAAUGAAAGUCAGUGUCAAGCUGUAGUUGAAUUAGGAUUUGGGGGGAUUUUAGAGAUUAAAGACCCCGGAUACAUUUCUUGGCGGAUUAUGAGCUGGUUUUGGAGAAAUUUUAAGAAAAAAGUAAAGUCUUAAACUUUAAAAACCAGAAAACCAUCGUCGUUACUUCUAACGACGUUGAGGAUAUAUUCAUGAUCCCAAACAACGGGCCAGAUGUUUUAUUGAAUUCAAAAGAGGACUCGGACAUUUUUAUAAUGAUCCACGAGUUCAAACAAAGAUUUAGUUUAAAGGAAUCUGGUACUCAUGCACAGCUUUUAAAAAUUAUGAAGAAUAAUAAUGCUUUGAAAGAUGGAGAUAAUGAUUUCAAAAGAAUUUUCAUCCUCUACAUAAUGUCAGCAUUCCUAGCUUCUACAGCAAACCAAAGUGUUGAUUUCAGUUUCUUCAAAUCAUUGACCAAUAUUGAAAGAGUAAAAUCUUUUAAAUGGUCUAAGUUUGUGUUAGAAAGGAUGUGUAGAGGGUUUGACUCUAGUUCCAGUAUAAAACAUUGGUCUGCUAAGAGAAUAAAAUUAAGAUUAGAAGCUGAAAAUGAUGCUGGAGAUUUUGGAGUAGGUCAAUGGGUAGAGGGUGUCUGUCCUAUUAGUAAUGGAAUAAAAGAAACACAAACUAUGGAAGAACUAGUAGGGCAAGAAGCAAUGGUUGCAAAACAGGAAGCAGUAAGGGGACAUGAAACAGUCUCAUUCCCAGAGGAAGACUAUAUUGAUAAGGAAAGUGAUGGAGUUAGGUGGAUCAAGUACAGGCUGCCUGAUAAUGAAAAAACAAACUUGGAGAUCAAAAAUAUUGCCAAAGAUCGCUUUGAAGAGUUAUUGAUGCAAUUCGAUCGGAACAUGAAAAUCAUGGGCAACCAGCAUAUAAACAAGCUCCUGGAUUACAAGGAGCAAUGUGUAAACCAUAUCAAGGAAAGGGAAGAAUACGCUGUGCUGUGUUUAAAAAAGCGCGCCCAAGCGCGCCUAGGCGCGGGCUUUAGUCUGGGCGCGCGGGUUGGGCUUUUUCCAGAGCCAGGCGCACCAACCUAUGAGAGGCGCGGCCAAGGCGCCGAAAGCGCGCUUAGGCGCAAAAGCCCACAAGCCCGCGCCUCUUGUGCAUUUAGGGAAUCAAAGAAAUGUCAUAAGGCUCCCGAGCAUGUAAGGACAGAAGUGAAUGCUUAUAUGAUUAAGAAAGCAACUAGUAAAGUGCUUAAUCAAUUUGCUAGAAAUCCGUCUCAAGAUGUUGGUGAUUAUGAUGAGGAAGAGGUGGAAAUUGAAGGUAGCUCGUCACGCACCAUCACGAGUAAAGUGGCACCGGCUUCAAAAAGAAUGAAAGGUCCCUUAGAUGUUUUAUUUGCAUCUAAGCAACCUAGUUCUCAAUCUCAAGAAGUAUUGAAGGGUAGGAAAGAAAGAAAGAGAAUUUUUGGUGCUAGUGACAAAGUAUAUAGGGACAAAGCUUGUGAAGUUAUUGCAAGGUUCUUUUAUGACAAUGCAAUUCCCUUCAAUUCGGCUACUAGUGAUAGCUUCAAAGGAAUGGUUGAAGCUAUUGGACAAUAUGGUCCGGGGUUGGUUCCACCGAGCAUGUAUGAGCUAAGAGUUCUUUUUCUUCAAAAGGAAGUGGAAGCCACGAACACCAAAGUGAUGGAGUUCAAGAAAGAAUGGGCCAUAAAGGGAUGUUCUAUUUUAUCCGAUGGAUGGCGUGAUUCGGUGGUGCAAAAGGAUAUUGUGAACUUUCUUGUCAACUCUCCAAAAGGGUCCGUGUUCAUCAAAUCGGUGGAAGUUUCCGAAGUUGUGAAAGAUUCAACCACUUUGUUUUUUAUGCUUGAUUCUAUUGUUGAGGAAGUUGGAGAGAUGAAUGUUGUGCAAGUGGUGACGGAUAAUGCAUCUAACUAUGUUAAGGCGGGUAAGAAGUUUAAAUCAUCUAUUCAUCUUUAA